AGAAACUAGGUUGUGAGACAUGAGUGAGUUCUUGGGCCGCCAGGACUGUAUCGAAAGCCUCCGAAAAGACCUCGUCGACCUUCAAGGUGCGACCCUGGAUGUGUUUUCUAGAACCGGACCGGUCCGCUUCUCCUCCUGGAAGUUCCCCGAUAAACUCUCCUGUAAUCUGGACAUGGUAGUUCUACUGGAGCAGUAUGACUUUGUGGAUGGGGAGGAUGCAUUCAACCAGCACUCCCACAUUGUGUUACUGGAGCUGGUGAUUGACAGAUUGCUGCUUCUUCUACAAAGCUUCAAUGCUUAUGUUGAGCAAAUUAGUUGCAGCCACAGGAGAGAACAAACCCAGCAGAGAGGAUGCCUGUCAGUUGGUCUUAUUGUCAGAAACUACUGGAGUAAUUUAGUCCAAUUUGCCAGCCUUAAGGGAGGCUACAAAGACAUCAAGAAGCAGACAAAAGAAAAGGCAUUUGACAGUGAUGAGACGGAGUCAUCUGUCUCCCACCAACUGAGCUCAAGGAGUGACUUUUGCAGACAUUGCUCAUCUGCCCGGUCUUCAAAAAGCUCCUCGCCACAAGUUUUCCCCCAGAAUCACGUCCCCUCCAGCCCUAGCCACAACAGCUAUCCUAAAGUCAACAGCCACAAUGUAAGCAGCCAGACGGUUGAAUCAUCCCUUGCUCCCUGCGAUGCGUGUCACCAAGUCCAAUCCAUAUUGAGAAAAACAGGAGAUGCUUUGAUAGAACUGUUCCGGAGUGAGGGCCUGCCCUCAUCUCUUCAGCCGCUCUUAGUAGCAGUGGAGGACACCCUGGAGCUGGGACAUAUGACAGCAGGUGAUGUCGCCCAGUGGGCCAAUGAGCAGCUCAGGGACCUGCGACGGCUGGCAAAGCACCUUCAAGAUGUGCGGGGUACGGUGCAGCCUCUGAAUGAUAGACUAGCGGCAGCAGAAGCGGAGCGGGAGAGAUUGAGGUCUCGGUUGGAAAGAGCGCAGAAAGAGUUCAGGGAUCAGACGGAAAAACACCAAGCAAACAUAGUCCAGCUGGAGUUUUCACUGCGGAAAGCACAGAGAUCAAUGAAACAAACAGAGCAAAGGCUGCAAGAGGAGCAGCAACAAUUCAGGAGAGAAACUCUGAGCUUGGAGGAGAGUAAUUCCAGACUGAAAGAGAAAGUAGCAGUACAGCAAGACACAUUAGAAGCACUUGAAUGUGAGAAGAAUGUGCUGCAGGAGAAAGUGAGGACCUUUCACGUUGAGGAAGACGCCCGUUGUAAACUACAGCAAAGGAUCCAGCAGCUAGAGAGUCAAAUCUCAGACACUCAGCUCCACCUUGACAAAGAGGCCGCCAAGUACCACAGUGCCUGUCGCCAGCAAGAGUCGAUGCAGGCCAAGCAGACAUCUUUGUUAAAGAGAGUUGACGCUCUCGACGAAGAGUGUGAAGAGCUGCAGAGGGAGUUGGGAGAGAGAGAGGAGAGACAGAUCGACCUGCACAAUCAGCUGCAACAGGUGUCAGAGGAGAAGGACCAAGUGCGGGCCCAGCUCGCUCAACAGCAGGACCUGUGUUUAGAGCUCCAGAAGGAGAAACAGACACUAGAAACACACGUAGGCGAGCUAAAGAACAGCGUGGCUGAGCUGAAGGAAUAUGUGCAAACCUUGAUGGAGAGGGAGAGGAUGCUGGUGGCGUUCCCAGAGCUCAGCCCCCUGCAGGCCCAACCACAGAGUACGGGAAACGUGCUUUUGGAUAUGGAGCGACAAUUGCAGGCAAACAACAUUCGUAUGAAAGUUCUGGAGCAGGAAAACAUCACCCUGCACACCAGCCUUGUGAAACUGAGGGAAAGGACACAAAAUGAUGCCAGCAGGGAGGCGUCACCUCUGCUCAGCACACCAGCAGAAAAACAACAAAAUCACCCGACACAAACACAGAACAGCCGCUUGCAGAGCAGCAGUGCAACGCGGCUGGGAUACAGUAACAGAGGGAAGGAAGCAAGAUGGGGGGAAAGUGGUCUGGAGUCAACUGGGUCAGAGGAUCGCGUGUCCACCGCCGCCGCCUCCCCCUCGUCCCUGCAACUUCACCUUCAAACCCUCCACCUCAACUCGGGCUCCGCUGCUGCUAAGAGUCACACGAGAACACGCAAUGCUUCUCUCCUUUCUCAGUCCAGGAGCUCGAAUCAGAGGAGGAAAUGAAAGUCUUACAGAUGGAGAGAGAAAGAACUCAGCUUCGUGUAAGGAAUCUUUGGCAACAGCUACGUGGCUCAUAAAGGCACUUUCCCUACAUUAAUGUCAUGUCAUUAUGUACACUUAUGACAGUUACCAGUGCAUAUCUCAUUAUGUGUAUAUGAAUAUGAAUAUAAUAAACUUACUGUGGAUAUAUAGAAGUAAGACUAAAACAGUGCAUUGGUGGCUGUUGCAUAUCAGCUUUCUGGAUAUAUGAUCUGCAAACAAACCUGUAUCUGAAUGGGUAACCUUCCCAGCGGAUGAGUCACAUGGUUCUGAGUAAAUGGGCGGUUUGUACAACUUUGAAUGCCACACAAACAAAGACACAGGGACAGGUGUGUUGACAGCUUUUAUAGUGCUAUCUGACAAAGGUGGGGAAUGAGAGUUGCCAUGGAAACGCAAGUGCUUGCAGUAUUCAUGCUCUGCUGAAUCACCACAGACCUUUUAUUUCAGUCCCUAAAUGAUAAUGUGUCAGUAAAUCCUCAAUAGUGCACCAAGAUGAAGACCACAUCCAGAUCACUGUGAGUUGACACUUCUCAUUUUUGUAUUUGCACCACACGUCAUGAGGCUUGUUUUGCAGAGCUGAAAUUUGAGAUGUCAGGAGCUCAGUUGUAAUCUGAGUCUAAUAGGGAGCCCAAGAGACUUAGCUUGUGUCAGAGCUGUUGAAGUCAAACACAUUUUGUAUUUGUUCUUGUAGCUGUGUGUUCAUCAACCUGUCAAAUACUGAAAACUAACUGCAAACUCUCACUGAACAAACACCUGAUCUAUCAUUUCAUUCACUUAAACGACAGCACUUGACCCGAAGGGUUAAGCCCUAAAUUGGUUUAACUAUACAGUUAUGUCAUCGAGCAUGUAAUUGAAGUUAGUCUUAAGCUCUUUAUAUCAGUGCUGCUUAUAUGGCAUUUAGUCCUGUUGGUGUGUCAUGUAUAUUCUAAAAUCAAGUUGUGCAAUGAAGAGAGAAUUGCUGUUGUACUGAUAAACAAUAAUCAAUACUUUUGGGGCCCCAUAUACAAUGGCUGAGUCUUCACCACAGUUAUUUGGGUUCGAUGCCAACCUGAUGCCCUUUGCUGUGUGUUAUUUCCUUUCUCUCUCGCCCCAGUUUCCUUUCUAUCUUCAAACUGUCACUAUCCAAAUAAAGGCAAAAAAUGCCCAAAGAAUUCUUAUUUAGAAAA